AUGAAUUUUCCGGUGGAGUUUCAGACGGUGUAUUGCCGGAGCUCGAGCUUCAGCAAUCUCAUGCCGUGUUUAACAGAAACGUGGGGUGACUUGCCGUUAAAGGUUGAUGACGCUGAAGACAUGGUUAUUUAUGGGCUGUUGCGCGACGCCGUUAAUGAUGGAUGGACGCCGUUUAACGAAAUUAAGUCGGAGCCGAGGUUUGAGGUUGGGGAGGAGAUAAGCGUAGCUGAAGUGAGGUCGGAAUACUUGGCUGCUCCGCCAGUGAUGGUGGACAAAGUUGCGCCAGAGGUGGCGCGGCCGAAGGGGAAGCAUUAUAGGGGUGUGAGGCAAAGACCGUGGGGGAAGUUCGCGGCGGAAAUAAGGGACCCGGCCAAAAACGGCGCGAGAGUGUGGCUUGGAACAUAUGAGACGGCUGAGGAAGCGGCUUUGGCUUAUGAUAGAGCAGCUUAUAGGAUGCGUGGCUCAAAGGCCUUGUUGAAUUUUCCACACAAAAUCGGCUCAAAUGAGCCGGAUCCUAUUAAAGUGACAGCUAAGCGGCGUUCACCCGAGCACGCUUCUUCUUCAGUUUCGACAAUAUCAUCGGUUUCGGAGAGUGGCUCACCCAAGCGGAGGAAGAAAGGAGUGUCGGUCGAGCUAGCCGAAUCAGAAGUCGAGAGCAGAAUCAAUUUGUAG